AGACUUGAGUUCCAUUAAAAGUGUCUCCUACCAGUACCAGCGUGUCCAGCGCAGGAGUUUGAGACGCAUGAAUGUAAAACACAUGCGGAUCUCUUCUCGCGUCGCGUUAUUUAACGUGCCCACCUACCUCGCAGAAAAUCGACCGCGUCUUACAUACAAUGGACCUGCACAUCUUGGACCACCGAUUAAGGGUGACAUCCAUCAGCAAAACUGGACUGGAACAUUACACUCAUCCCCUUAUCAAACUGAUAUUUCUGAGAAACAGGACGAGAUGCAAAUUUUUCAGUCUGACGGAGACUCCUGAAAAUUACACAGUCGUCCUAGAUGAGGAGGGAUUUAAAGAACUACAGCCGUCGGAGCAUCUACUGGUGGAGGGGUCCAUCUGGCUCCCGCUCAAUGUCGUCUCUAAUGGAAACGCCUCCAGCAGUUCGCAGGCUGUAGGCGUCACCAAGAUCGCCAAGUCCGUUAUCGCUCCUUUGGCCGAGCAGCAUGUGUCAGUUUUUAUGCUGUCUACGUACCAGACAGAUUUUAUUCUGGUACGAGAGAAGGAUCUGUCAGUGGUAGUGGAGACUCUGGAGGAGGAGUUUAAUAUUUUCAGAGAGGAGGCGGGCGAGUCUGUGCCAGUUCAGAGUCAGGACGCCUGGAAGGGCCUUCAGAGAAACGGCAGAGAGGUUAUGCAAGCGACAGUUCAUCCUGUGCUGAUUCCAGAGAAUCAGUUCUGUGUUAUGAGUUUGGAUCCAGACACACUGCCAGCCAUCGCCACGACGCUCAUAGACGUUCUGUUUUACUCAAACAGUCCUGGAGAGGGCGCCAGUGUGAACCAGGACCUGGAAUGCAUCAAAUUCUUCUCGUUCACCUUGAUCGAUGGAUACGUUUCUUUGGUGAUGGACACGGAAGCACAACGACAAUUCCCGGCGGAUCUUCUGUUCACCAGCUCUUCCGGUGAGCUCUGGAGGAUGGUGAGAAUAGGAGGGCAGCCUCUCGGCUUUGAUGAAUGUGGGAUAGUCGCUCAGAUAUCACAGCCUCUCGCAGACAGUGAUAUAUCAGCUUAUUACAUUAGUACCUUCAGUUUUGAUCAUGCUCUGGUGCCUGAAGAAGAUAUAGUCAGCGUGACGGAGAUGCUUCAAGCUCAAAGGAAAGACGUUCCCCGCUGAGGCUCUUGUUUUGAUCGUCCUCUUUACUUUGAAGAGCAAAACAAACCGAGAAAUACAGUGGACGGUGAGCCACUAAAACAGUAUUAGUCCUGAUCGUCUUGCCUUUACAAUCUCCCUUUAAAAUACUGGGAAUUACAAAACUUAGCAGACGUAUCCACAGGCAUUACAGUCAGGUCAAGUCAUGUGUCAGUACAUUGAAGUAAGCUCAUUUUGUGAUGAAAUUGAUAUUUUGUGUGAUUUAUGCAUUGGCGGAAAGAUCUCUUUUUAUUUCCGACACCGACAGUAAUCUUUUGAGUCCACAGGCCAUCAAAAAUAUAUUAUGUAGAAUUAAUCUGGAUUUUUUGAUUUGGCUUUUAUUUCCCCUUAAAUUAAAGAAAUUAUGUGUUGUGAAUUCAUUCUUAAAUCACUGGCUUGAUGACAUUAUUUGCAUAGUGAGAUUCAAAUGAAAAGUAUGUGUUGGGACACCUUUGCGGAACCCAGCUCCGUUGCUGCCUUAGAGUAUCUUACAGUGUUUGAUUUAUGCUGUUAAUAUCCACUGUUUUUCUUCACAAUAGGUAAACCAAGCACUUGGACAGAUUUAGAAGUAAUCAGUGAAACAGUUGUUUCAAAAUGUUUUGAUUAUUUUUUUAAAUGAUGUAUUGAGAUGCUUCUGAAUUUCUGAGAAAAUUUGUUGAUACCAGCAGAGAUGCACUGAAUGAAAAUGUCUUGUUGGCACAAUCAAAAAAUGAAUUCAGAAAUCCGAUCAGGUGAAUUUAUACAACUCCUUUAAGAGAUCAAUGGAAGUAUCUCUUUGUUACAAGGAAAGCUCUGUUUUUCAGAGAGCUUUGAUUCAGACACACUACAGCUAAAUAUACAGAAUAUUUCAUUUAUCAUUAGUGUUGUAUUUUGUUUCUGUAUGUUUAUGCAAGUUUUUUUUUUUAGAUUCCUUAUUUUUAGGGCACUUAAUGCUGCUUAAGGCAGAUCUCUCGGAGAAUUUCUAAUAUAAGACUUUUCCAUGUAGAGUAAAACCUUUGUUAAAGAAACUCCAGUGCCAUCGAGGACUUUUGUUCAAACGUUUAUUUUAUCUCAUGUUCUGUCUUCACUCUCACUAUAUCGGCACAUUGGUUUGUCAAGGUCAAUACUAAUAAUUCUGAGGGUAUUAUCCUUUGUUUUUUUAGAAUAGGCUCAAGUCACUUUUUGUAUAUUUUAUAACGUGUCAAAAAAAGUAUUGCAUACGGUGUUUGUUACUGUGCUGCUUAUUCAAUAAAUAACCAUAAAAAAACUCUGUUUUUCUUACACCUUUUGAAUGAAAACGUAAAUUCAGUUAUACAUGAUGACUAGAGCAUAAUUUUGCAUUUAAUAAACAGUAAAUGAGUUAGAGGACUAUCUAAGCAAAUAAGAAUAAAAACAAAUAAUUCACCCAAAGACAAAUGUUUCAUUUUUUUUUUCACCCUUUUGUUGUUUCAAAAUCUGUACAGAACUCCUUUUGUUUAACUCCAAGAAGAUAGAAGAUUUUGAGGAAUGUUCCAGUGGUUUUGUGUUCAC